UUCUUCCCUUUCCGUUUCUGUCUUCAAAAUAAUGGCUGUCAAUUUUAAAAUUCAGGCGCUUUGUGCGAUGAUAUUGAUCAUCAUAAACCGUUCGACGUUAGCCAUCGACAUUUCAAGUCUAACCCUCGAUCUUGGCCUCGGGGAAAAGCUGUCCACCGAUCCGGAGGCCCUUGAAUCAGCCUCUCACGACUAUGGCCACAUUGUUACAAAAACCCCGACAGCAGUUCUCAAACCGGCGUUCACCGACGAUAUCGCCACUCUCAUAGUAUCCGCCUAUAAUCAUUCCACUCCUUUCAGCAUAGCAGCCAAAGGGUGCGGCCAUUCUGUCCGAGGCCAGGCCAUGGUAAACAACGGGGUGGUCAUCAGCAUGACGUCCCUAAAGAACGGAGUCAUAGUAUCCGGCAACUCUUCAUCGGGUUUCGUGGCCGAUGUUGGCAGCGAGCAGCUUUGGAUCGAUGUGUUGGAGGCCACAUUGAAGCAUGGACUUGCACCGGUGUCAUGGACUGAUUACCUGCACAUAACUGUUGGUGGAACGUUGUCUAAUGCCGGAAUCAGUGGUCAAACUUUCAGAUUUGGCCCUCAAAUCAGCAACGUCUAUGAAAUCGACGUUAUCACUGGAAAAGGCCAGUUUUUGACUUGCACGGCAAAGAAUAACUCAGAGCUGUUUCAUGCCGUACUUGGAGGUCUGGGCCAAUUUGGAAUUAUAACCAGAGCAAGAAUUCCUCUUGAACCAGCACCACAAAGGGUUAAGUGGGUAAGAAUGCUUUACAGUGAUUUCUCAGCUUUCACAAGAGAUCAAGAACGUUUGAUCUCCAUCAACGGAAGGAAAGACGAUAAGGCAGUGGAUUAUGUAGAAGGCUCGCUCAUGAUGGGUUCGUCAGAAAAUUGGAGAUCCUCAUUUUUCGAUCCGGCCAAUUACUCGAUAAUAAUCUCUCUUAUUACAACACAUGGCAUCAUCUAUAGUCUUGAAGUAGUCAAGUAUUACAAUGAUCAAACCCGAUUCACGGUCGAUGAGGAAUUGCAAUUGAUGUUGAAAGGUUUAAACUACAUCCCAGGACUUAUGUUCGAAAAAGAUGUUUCCUACAUAAACUUUUUGAACAGAGUCCAGGCAGGAGAAGAGGAGCUCAGGUCUCAGGGACUAUGGGAAGUUCCUCAUCCAUGGCUAAAUCUCUUCAUUCCAAAAUCUCAAAUAGAAAAUUUCAAUGAUGGUGUUUUCAGGAACAUUGUCCUCAAACGAAACAUCACCAGCGGUCUUGUUCUUGUCUAUCCAAUGAACCGAAACAAGUGGGAUGAUAGGAUGUCUGCAGUAAUACCAGAUGAAGAUGUUUUCUACACGGUUGGAUUUUUGCGUGCCAGUGGGUUUGACAAUUGGAAAGUUUUUGAUGAUCAGAACCGUGAGAUAUUGAAGUUCUGUGAGGAAGCUAGGAUUGAGGUCAAGCAGUAUCUUCCUCAUCAUACGACCAAGGAAGAUUGGAUGAAGCACUUUGGUCCCAAAUGGAAGGCUUUUGUAGAGAGAAAAUCUAUGUUUGAUCCAAAGUCGAUACUCUCACCAGGACAAGGAAUUUUCAACAGCAAUUAAUGUUUCAAAAAAAAGUGUUUUACUGUGUAGAUUAUUCCAGAUGGUAAAACAUAGACCCUAAAGCAAACUUUUAAAGUUUAAACAAAAAUUACAAUAAAAGGUUUGCUUUAUAUUGUGUAGGUUAAAAGUUGAAGCUGUGGUACUAAAUAUAAUCAUGAAUGUUUU